AAUCUGGAGAAGAAAGAUGGUUUGAUCGCAGAAUUGAGUAGUUUAAAAUCAGAAUUACUAAUAAAAAACGUGGAACUAUUGCAUGAGUUAAGAACAGCAAACGCUUCGUUGAUUAAAGCGAGAGGACGCCUCGAUGCCAGGACUGCAAUAGAUUUCUGCGAAAACAACAAAAUGGCAGCCUUGGGGGUAAAUGUUAAUCGUAACAGUCGUAAAGGAACCUGGGAAAAGGUAUUUAACCUUCCAGAUUUCUAUGAAUCUCAGGAAAUCGCCAAUAAGGCUCUGUCAUUGUUGGUAGCGAACAACAAAAGGACAAAUCUGUGCAUUCGAAGUUGA